CGUCUGAGGCGGACUCCAUUUGUAAUGAAGGAUCUGAUGAGCUGGGGUUCAGAUCAGGGCUGCCGCUGAGUCUGUGAAGCCACCAAAGAGCGGGGCUGAUAUAAAUGAGGAGGGAAUUACAUCCACUUUGAACGGAUCUCAGCCUCCAACUGCAGCCGGCGGUGACAAGGGGGGGACUAGCAGAGGUUUUGCGCGCAGGGAGACGGACGGUGGAGCCAGAAACAACCCGAUGAUAUUCUAGAGCUGCACAGAGAAUAUGGUGGAUUUUUGAGAACCGACGCCACAACAUCUGGACGACUGGAUUAAAAAAAAAAAAAAAAUUAUUUAAUAGAAAUCAAAACUACAAAAAUACACGAGCAGGCUGCAGGGCGCGCAGGAGCAGGAUGAGCGUGUUUUCUGCGGAGAGAGAGGAGCAGUGCGUUUGAGUGGGACAUGGCAAACGGAGGGGACCAGUUCGGCCUCGCACAGCGUCCGGACUCGGACUGCAGCAUGGAUGAUUCUCCAAAAGAGACCAAAGAGGAGAAUCACAGUUUCACUUUAAAGUCACCAGCUUCACCGCAGACAGCGUCCAGCCAGCAGGUACCGGCCUGUACCGUGGAGCAGAAUGGGAUGGAGGGAAUCAAAGUUUUCCUCCAUGACAGGGAACUUUGGACAAAGUUUGAUGAAGUGGGAACUGAAAUGAUCAUCACCAAAGCUGGAAGGAGGAUGUUCCCCAGUUACAAGGUGAAGGUCACAGGACUGAACCCAAAAACCAAAUACAUCCUUCUGAUGGACAUUGUUCCCAGAGAUGACCAUCGCUACAAAUUCGCAGACAACAAAUGGUCUGUAACAGGAAAGGCAGAGCCAGCGAUGCCCGGCAGGCUCUACGUCCACCCGGACUCUCCCGCCACUGGUGCGCACUGGAGCCGUCAACUCGUCUCUUUUCAGAAGCUCAAACUCACCAACAACCACCUAGACCCCUUUGGACACAUAAUACUCAACUCCAUGCACAAAUACCAGCCACGUCUCCAUAUUGUCAAGGCGGACGAGAAUAAUGGCUUUGGCUCCAAAAACACGGCUUUCUGCACCCACGUCUUCUCUGAGACUGCCUUCAUCGCUGUGACGUCCUACCAGAACCACAAGAUCACACAGCUGAAGAUCGAGAACAAUCCUUUUGCAAAGGGCUUCAGAGGCAGUGACGACAAUGAGCUGCACCGCAUGGCCAAGCUACAAAGUAAGGACUUCCCUGUGGUCCCACGCAGUACUGUCCGUCAGAGAGCCUGCUCCACUGGGAGUCCGUUCAGCGGGGAGGGCCGAGGUCUGCGGGGCUCGCCGGAAGCUGUCGCAUCCCCCUACAGCUGUGAGAACGGCUUGAACAGCAGCAGUCCCCAGGAGCUGCUGAGCUCUCCCUCUGCACACUACAUCCUGCCUCAUCCUCACCUGCAGCACGGUCAACAGCCGCAGGUGUACCACUGCACCAAGAGGAAAGUGGAGGAGAACUGCUCUUCAGGAAACCGCCAGCACCCGUACAAGAAACCCUUCAUUGGUAGCUCGCCAAGUGAGGGCGAGUCUUACUAUCAUCCCUCCUCGUACCCUCCUCCUCCACCCGGUCUCUCCAACAACCCUGCCCUGGGUCUCACUGACUCCCCCUACAGCUCAGACAUGGGACAGCGCCAGGCAUGCAUGUUUGCCAGCUCAGAGCCCAGACUGGAUGAUCUCAACUGUACAUCCUGGUCGUACACCUGCCCGCUCCCCUCUGCCAUGACCCCACUGGAACCCUACCCACCUUAUACCCCUCAUCCUCCCUACAGUUCCAGCCCUCAGGGCUCUCGACUCAGCACUAUAGCCCACCAAAGCUCACCGCCACUGGGAGAACAUGUUGCCCACGACCCCUAUCAGAGCCAGAGCUCUGGACCUCCAUCUCAGAGCUCCCAAAACAUUCACAGCAGGCAGCUCAGCCCUCCUCUCAGAGAGUAUCCUCGCUACACACCCAACCUGUCUCCUCCUCUUUACCACACACUAGACGCGCACACACACAUCAGGUGUGGAGUCCCAGAAUGGAGUGCAGCCUCCUAACUGAACCUAUGACGCAUUAAUGACCCUUCUUUCUGCUCGUCUGAAAGAUGCUGCACCGUGUACGGACUUACGUGUGAUAUUACCUUUGUAAAAUAAUUGUGAAAAGUGUGGCUUUGUGCUGUGUGAAGAGGUGUCAACUGUUAUGCCAUGUUUCUCCCCCUGUGCUGGAUGGAGCAGUGGAUUGUUAAAGACUGGACUUGGACAUCCGUAAUGCUUCAGAUGUAAAAAAAAAAAAAAAAAAGUGUGAGCAGCACAAUCAAAGUUGUACUAUGUUGUCUUUCCACAACCCAAACUGGUGUCAUCCAAAUGUUUGCACUGUGAGCCCGUUUCCUCUCAAUGACUUCAGCUCUCUCCAUUGUGAAGGAUGUAAAUUGUGACCCACUGUCAGACAGGCAGUAACAUUUACUGACCAAAAUAAUCUCUUACAGCAGAGCCUGAGGGUUUUUUCUUUGUAUCUUUAUUGGAGCACAGCACAGCUCCACGCUCAGUCUCAGUGAGGGAGAAAAGGCAGGAGUUGUCCAUGUGUGUGUGUGUCUUUGUAUGUAAAGCCCAUGUCAGCUCAGCUCAAGGAUGCUAUGAGUUAAUUUCCAAUGAGACAGGCAGUAGUAGCUGUAGGCGCUGCACCAUAGAGAUAAACAGUUUGUUUAGACCACGCUACAGGCUGAAGGACCUGUAAACACUGUUUUCCACUGCAUUAUGGGUAAAUGCACUACUCAGCGUCAUGUAGCUGUCACCGCUGUCCUCUCAGUAAACUCCUAGAUGACCAAUCAGCUUUGCCCGUUCGCUGAGAGUUGUCCAAUGAACGCGCGUCUCUCUUUUACCUCGAGUUGACUAGUCAGAGCUGGAGUGCAGCAUGUUUUAUGCGUGCGUGUGCUGUCCCAUUUUUUUUGUUUGUUUGUUUCUGAAUAAUUCAUGAAUUCGGUGUUGAUCCUUGACACACGAGGAUUGCUCAGCAAACACAAAAAGUCACAGUGCUGUGAAUGUGAUCACUUCAAUGCACAGAAAUCGUUGAAAUAUGCUUUUUAGUCUCUGUGAAUCUAAACGCUCCCUGUCACGUCCAUACAGUAUUAUUGUCUUGAGAAGAUUGGGUUAAUUCUCUGCAGAUUUGGGGCAGCAUAACUUUCCUCCUUUCCGUUAAGCUGAGAUUUUGUUUAUUGUGUGUAAUGAAGCAGUUUUAUAUAUUUUUUCCCAGGUGUUUUACAUGCAGUAACAUGUAAGAAGGUGCUCUAAAACAACAAACAAUCAGUAUGCAGAUCCUCUUCAUCCCUUGAUAUGUAUUUGACUGUGUGUGAGUGUGCGUGAGUGUGUGUUACAAUGAGAUUUUUUUAUAGCCUUGUUCCUGCUAAUAGUAUUUAUUACUCUAGAUUUGUAAAGAUUAGUUUGUUGUUAACCUGUGAAACGAGACGAUAUUGUUCAAAGAUAUUUGUUUCUCUUUGAAGGUUUGUGUCUGGUUUCACCCUCCAUCUCCAAUUGGUGAUAAAUACUUGUGAUGAACAAACAGUAUUUUCUGUUCUAUGGAAAUAAAGACAGAUUUAUAUACAGAAACUGAAU